CCCCUACAUCCCCCCCUCGCCGCUCGCGCGUUUACCCCGGCCCGGCCACAUAAGCUCCACCCAAGCUGAUAAGCGAAAGAACACCUCGACCACUUCUUUGGCUUCCAAAGGGCCUCGCUCGCAUUGAGACGAGACGGAACGAAUCACCCACCUGCAAGCAGCGAAGGGGCAAUUCAACGAAUCUGUCCUCACGAGCUGCGACGACAACGACACUCCUUUAUCUAUUUUCUUUUCUUUUACGAUUCGAGCCUCAACUUGUAUUGGGGUUUAACUUUUAUUUAUCUUUGAACAUCUCCAUAGCUCCAACCCAUCAUGGCGUCUCCCUCGCCGGCAGGUUCAGUCCGGCACCGCGGUCCCGCUGCGGCCUCGAAGAAAGAGAAAUCCCCCUCCGGGGCCACGCUCGCCGUCCCCGCCGACAAGGGGCUGGUCAAGGCGAAUAAAGGCAAGGCAGCGCCUGCGUCGGAGUGGGAUUAUAAGCUUGCGCUUGUGAUUAUCACGGUGUUGGCUUUUGCUACGAGGUUUUGGGGGAUUAGCCAUCCGAAUGAGGUGGUGUUUGAUGAGGUGCAUUUUGGGAAGUUCGCGUCGUAUUACCUCGAGCGCACGUACUUCUUCGAUGUCCACCCGCCGUUUGGGAAGCUGCUGUUUGCGCUGAUGGGAUGGUUCGUGGGGUAUGAUGGACACUUCCACUUCGAGAACAUUGGGGACUCGUAUAUCACCAACAAAGUCCCCUACGUUGCGUUCCGCGCCAUGCCGGCUCUUCUCGGCGCUCUCACCGUUCCGGUCGUGUUUGAUAUCAUGUGGGAAUCGGGAUACACCCUCCCUGCGUGCAUUGUUGCCGCUGGCCUUGUUCUGUUCGAUAACGCGCAUAUUGGACAGACGAGAUUGAUUCUUCUGGAUGCGACGCUCGUCUUUGCGAUGGCGUGCAGUCUGCUCUGCUAUAUCCGAUUCUAUAAGCUGAGACACCAGCCGUUUGGCAGGAAGUGGUGGAAGUGGCUCCUUCUCACUGGCUUUGCGCUCAGCUGCGUUAUCUCGACCAAGUAUGUCGGUACCUUCGCCUUCCUCACCGUCGGAGCUGCUGUCGCCAUUGACCUGUGGGAUCUCCUCGAUGUCAACCGUCGCCAGGGCGCGCUCUCUCUGAUCGACUUCGGCAAGCACUUCGCCGCCCGCGCAUUCGGUCUCAUCUUCGUCCCCUUCCUGUUCUACCUCUUCUGGUUCCAGGUUCACUUCUCCAUCCUCACCAAGUCGGGUCCGGGUGAUGACUUCAUGACGCCCCAGUUCCAGGAGACGCUGAGUGAUAACCUCAUGACGACCAAUGCUGUGACGAUCAACUACUUCGACAACAUCGUCCUCAGACACAAGGAGACCAAGACCUACCUCCACAGCCACCCGGACAAGUACCCCCUCCGCUACGACGACGGACGUGUCUCCAGCCAAGGCCAGCAAGUAACCGGCUACCCCUUCAACGACACCAACAACCACUGGGAGAUUCUCCCCGCCGACGGCGCCGACACCCCCAACCGCAUCGUCCGCAACCACGAGCUCGUCAAGCUGCGCCACGUCGUCACCAACACCAUCCUCCUCUCCCACGACGUCGCAUCCCCCUACUACCCCACGAACCAGGAAUUCUCCACCGUCCCUCUCGAAGACGCCCACGGCUCCCGCCACAACGACACCCUCUUCGAGAUCCGCAUCGAGAACGGCAAGCCGAACCAGGAAUUCAAGUCCCUCGCCGCACAAUUCAAACUCAUCCACAACCCCUCCAAAGUCGCCAUGUGGACCCACACCACGCCGCUCCCAGACUGGGCCUACAAGCAGCAGGAAAUCAACGGGAACAAGAACGUCGCGCAAUCCUCCAACGUCUGGUUCGUUGACGAGAUCCCGUCCAUCCCAGCCGAUAGUCCGAGACUCCAGCGCGAGGCGAGACAGGUGAAGACGAUGCCGUUCCUGAAGAAGUGGUUCGAAGUCCAGCGCGCGAUGUUCCACCAUAAUAACGCCCUGACGAGCAGCCAUCCGUAUGCGAGCCAGCCGUUCCAUUGGCCGUUCCUCCUGCGUGGUGUUAGCUUCUGGACGCACAAUGAUACGAGGUCGCAGAUUUACUUCCUCGGGAACCCGGUUGGGUGGUGGCUUGCUUCGUCGCUGUUGGCGGUGUAUGUUGGGAUUAUUGCUGCGGAUCAGCUUUCUCUUCGUCGUGGUGCUGAUGCACUUGAUAUCCGCACCCGCUCCCGCCUCUACAACUCCACAGGCUUCUUCUUCAUCGCCUGGGCCCUCCACUACCUCCCCUUCUAUCUGAUGGGCCGCCAACUCUUCCUACACCACUACCUCCCCGCGCACCUCGCCUCCUGCCUUGUCACCGGCGCCCUCCUCGAAUUCAUCUUCACCAUCGAGCCCGUCGCUCUCGAGGAGGCCGGCUUCACCGUCGCCGAGUCGGGAACUAAGCACGGAUCACCUAUGAGCGCGCGAUCGUUGCCUGCGAGAGAGAGAUUGGGGGGACAGAGUCUGCUGGCGAGCUGGGCGGCGGCGGGCGUGAUUAUGGUUGCGGUUGUGGGGGGAUGGUGGUUUUUCGUGCCGUUGACUUAUGGGUUUCCGUUGAGUGUGGAGGAGGUUAUGGCGAGGAAGUGGUUGGGGUAUGAUUUGCAUUUUGCGAAAUAGAGGGGAGGAUGAGAAAAAAUAUAUAGGGGAAGGAGAGAGUGAGUGGGUGGGUAAGAGGAAAAGUGAAAAAGCUUGGAUGGGAUUUUGAGGGGGGUGGGUGGAUGUUGGAGAAAACAUAUCUGAUGAGGGGGGGAUGUACUUGUAAGAUUUAUGGUGUC